AUGGCCAGAGACGUCAGUCCUCUGAACCUGAAGUCUGCAAGACACCAGCAAUGGGUUGGAGCCGCUCUGGGGUUUAUCCUUCCCUUCUUCCACCGACGUGCUCUAAUUUUCUACUACUUCCUGUCAUGUGCUUCAACAGCAGCAGGAAGUUUGCCCGGCAUAGAAUAUGACUAUGGUAUAAGCCCCAAAUUUGUUUGCACCCCAAUUCCCCCAGAAGCAGACCCCAGCUGCUAUUCCCCACCCAGUGUGCCCCAUGGACCGAGCAGUAAUGGCCACACUAAUGGUCACAAUGGCAGUAGCCGGCGAGGUAUGAUGUCUGACGAGGCCAAAGCCACGAUCUUGCACCUGCGUGAGAGCCUUGUGAGGCAAAAAGAGACCAUCCUGGACCAACGGGAGACCAUCAGGGAGUUGACCGCCAAGCUGACCUUAUGCGAGGGCUUCGGCGGUCACCAUAGCACAGAUCACCAUGACAACCACCACAACAGCAAUCACGAUACCCAUGACAACCAUCAUGACGACCACCAUGAUGACCACCACGGGCCUCACAGCAGCCACCAUACGCCAUCAUCGUCACACCACGGGCCUUCAUCGCAUCACACUAGUGAUCACCACUACUCCCAUGGUAACCACAGGCCGGACCCCCACCACAGGAAGGGCUCGUCGUACGGAAAACACAGCUCCUUCUCCCCUGAACAAACGGGCAAAACACUGCAGACACUGAAGGAGAGGCUGGAGAGCUUGCAGGCCAGGAACUCCUCCAGCUCCUACUCCAGCUCCCUGAGAGAACUCCUCCAGCGGAAGAUCACCGCCCUGGAGGAGCAGCUGCACAGCUACUACCGAGAUCACCGUGAUGAUCACCACGACGACCACCAUGACGACGACCACCACGGCAGCAGCCACCCUGACGACCACCAUGACGACCACCAUGAUGACCAUCAUGAUGACCACCAUGAUGACCACCGUGGUACUGGUCACCGGGACGACCACCACGAUGACCACCGUGGUACUGGUCACCGCGACGACCACCGUGGUACUGGUCAUCGUGACGACCACCUUGAUGACCACCGCGGUACUGGUCACUAUGAUGACCAUCACGACAGCCAUUAUAACCACGGCCACCAUGAUGACCAUCAUGAUGACCACCACGAUGAUCAUCACGAUGAUCAUCACGAUGAUCACCACGAUGAUCACCAAGGCGGUGGCCACCACGAUGAUCACCACGACUAUCACCAUGCACCUGGACACCACGAUGACCACCAUGAUGAUCACCAUGAUAAUCACCGCAGCAACGGCCACCAUGACAGCCACCAUGACAGCCGCCACGGUACCGAUCAUAACCCACGGCGGCUGUCUUCCAGCAGCAAAGAGACAAAUCUGCGAGGCGCGGGGCACAGCAAGCUGGAAACAGUGCUUAGCCAACUGCACCAUGGCAACACUGAUCACGGAAACCAUAAGAAGCUAAAGAGUCCCAGUGCUUUCCUGCUCGACUUCCCCAUGAAAACCAACUACAUGUACGCCAGGAUGAAGCGUGCGGUGGUCAACGAAAUCUUCGCCAUGACCAUCUGCCUGUGGAUGAAGGCAGGAGCUGGUCCUGGCCUCGGUACGCCCUUCUCCUACGCCGUGCCUGGACAAGCCAACGAGCUAGUGCUCAUCAAAUGGGGCAGCAACCCUAUGGAGCUGCUAAUCAACGACAAGGCGGUGACGUUGCCAAUAAGCAUGACAGAUGGGAAGUGGCAUCAUGUAUGCAUAACGUGGGCGACACGUGACGGUGUCUGGGAAGCCUACCAGGACGGCGUGAAGAAAGGCUCGGGGCAAAACCUGUCAGCCUGGCAACCCAUCAAAUCAGGAGGGACCUUCAUCCUGGGCCAGGAGCAGGACACGAUGGGGGGCCGCUUCGACGUCACUCAGUCCUUCAUGGGAGCGUUGUCUGAUCUCCAGUUCUGGUCCAGAGUUCUGACGCCCAACGAGAUCUACAGCCAGGCGACCUGUGGAGGUCACCUCAUUGGUGAUGUCAUGUCCUGGUCCGAGGAAUAUGUGGAGCUCCACGGAGGGCUAACGGAGCUCCCCUUUGAACCCUGCCACUAA